AAGAGACCUUUUGACGCAGAUCAAUGAGGGUUUUCCUCCACGCUUACUGUUUUUUUAGAGUGAUCCACACUCACUAGUUACUCGUUACUACACAUGGUGUGUUUCUGUUCUUUCUAUGAAAACGAAUCACUAGGAAGUUGAGAAGUUGUGAAUGAAUGAAUUGGAUGUUGAUCGGAGUUCAAAGCACAAUCCCCAAACCUGUCCACACGCAGCGCUUUUCAUUGCCCCGCCGCCUCCACACCACCGCCUGUCUCCCACUCCAGCUACCGCCUUCCACCCAAGCAUUGGACGCCCUCACUCUCUCCCACCGCAUCCUCCAAGAAGACCCAAAGGUCCUGUCUUCAACGCAAUGGACCCCAGACCUCGUCCUAUCCAUCCUCAAGCGCCUCUGGAACCACGGACCCAAGGCUCUCCAAUUCUUCGACCACCUCGAUCGCCACCCCUCUUACGCUCACCCCGCCGCCGCAUUUGACCACGCCAUUGACAUCGCCGCCCGGAUGCGCGAUUACCGCACCCUUUGGAAGCUCGUAGCCGGAUGCGAUCCCGCAGACUCGGUCCUCGACCAAAGACCUUUGCUAUCAUCACCGAGAGGUACGUUUCUGCCGGCAAUCCUGAUAAAGCGUUGAAGGUUUUCUUGUCUAUGCAUAAUCAUGGUUGCCCCCACGAUUCAAAUUCUUUCAAUACUUUUCUCGAUGUUCUUUGCAAAUCCGGGCGGGCUGAGAUGGCCUAUAGGCUUUUGAAGAUGCUUCGAGGUAGUAGAUUUAGAGCUGAUAUUGUCACAUAUAACACACUUGCAAAUGGAUUUUGUUUAAUCAAACAAACCCCUAAAGCUCAAGACAUUCUCAAGGAAAUGGUAUGGAGAGGCUUGACUCCCACCGUAACCACAUAUAACAUACUGCUCAAAGGAUUUUUUCGGGCUGGUCAGAUUAAAGAAGCUUGGGAAUUUUUCUUGCAAAUGAAGAAGAGGAAGUGUGAGAUUGAUGUUGUGACUUAUACCACUUUGGUUCAUGGGUUAGGAGUUGUUGGAGAGAUUGAUAAAGCUCGCAAGAUGUUUAAUGAGAUGGUUGGAACUGAUGGUAUACUUCCUUCUAUUUCAACUUACAAUGCAUUCAUUCAAGUGCUGUGCAAGAAGGAUUCUGUGGAAAAUGCUAUUUCAGUAUUUGAGGAGAUGUUGAGGAAAGGUUAUGUCCCAAACACAAUGACUUAUAAUUCAGUAAUUAGGGGGUUGUGUCAUAGGGGGAGAAUGAAUGAGGCUGUUCAGUAUAUGGAUAAAAUGAGGGAUGACCAUAAGUGCGAACCGAAUAUUCAGACCUACAAUGUCAUCGUCCGCUAUUAUUGCGACCAAGGAGAAAUUGAGAAGGCUCUUGUGGUAUUUGACAGAAUGAAUUGUGUCGAUUACUGCUUACCCAAUCUGGAUACGUACAAUGUCUUGAUCAGCUCUAUGUUUGGGAGAAAGAAAUCAGAUGAUUUACUCGUUGCUGGCAGGUUGAUAGUGGAAAUGGUUGGUAGAGGAUUUAUGCCAAGAAGGUUCACGUUCAAUCGUGUUCUGAACGGACUUUUGCUCACUGGCAAUCAACAGUUUGCCAGAGAGAUUUUGAGACUGCUAAGUGAAUCUGGCCGUCUCCCCCGUCAUUUCAAGUUGUGAAUCUAUUGCAGCUUCCUGAAAGAUUUGGAGCAAAUCUAGUUGUUAUGCACUGAAAGCAUCAUUGGUUAAAAUGAUGAACCUGCAUUUCAAUUGAAAGGUAAGAUUAAAUGCUACACUUGUACUCCCAUAUGAAGUAAUACUAUACAUAAAAAAAUAUGGAGUAAUAAGUUACUGUCCCUGUUCAUGUUUAUUAUUCUAGGCUGACCAGAUCACAUCAUCAUCAUCAUUACCCCACUGCCGCAAAGGCUUCCACCUACGGUGGGGUAAGCGGGUCGGAUGUACGCAACCUUACCCCUGUACUAAAGCACAGAGAGACUGUUACCCGGAUGACCCACAGUGAAAAUCGCGUCGAGAAUUGCAUGAACUCACUGCUGCUUCAUAACAAAGAAGCACACACAUUUUAGUGAGCCAUAUUGCUUUAUUCCAUCACAUUCUCAAGUCAAAAAAUAGUGAAUCUUUGGCUCCAUUGCAAAUGAUGGAAAUGUUUACGAAAUCCCACAAUUCAAUAAAAUUUAUUAAUGCUAUCAGUUAAUCAAAACUUUUAAUACUUUACCUAAAUUUCCCUUAUUAAAAGCCAACCUCCCAUUUAUGAUCCUGCUGGCAAAGGAUAGAUUGAAUACAGUGAGAAAGGUAUAUUGGUGAAACAACGUUUAGUGACAUCAGUGGCGGAUCUAGCUCUUUUAUUUUAGGUGUUCAAAACUGAAAUAAAAAUUGACCUAUCACAACAAUCUUGUGUAAUGCAAUAAUGUUACAAUUGAAUCAUCAUUUUCGCAAAAAACUAAACACAGAACCACACAGCCUGUGUGGUUGACACUGCCACACCAAAAAAGAAAAUAAAUAUACUAUCAGGUCUGCCACCAACAAAUUAAGGAGAAUCCACAUCAACCAGUUAAACCAAAAAACUCACCAUCAAACCAAUAAGGGCUAAAGCACUAACAACCUAACCAAUAUUUCUAUUUUCUAGGACCCAAAUCCCAAUGUUUUCUCAAUCUGAAAUUUCAAUUAACCAUUUAGCAAAAGGCUAGCAGUAGAAGAAAAUCGAUGGUGCGAAUUUCAGAUUAGGUAUAGAAAAUUAGGUUUUAAUUAGUGCCUUAGUAGACAAGGAGGACACGAGGCUACUAUUGGAGGUGGUGGACUGGUAGAGCAGAGGAAGGGAUCCAGAUUCUAGAGGCGGGUGUGAGGAGCAAGCCAGCGAGGUCAUUAGCUACUAUACUCAUCAAGACUCAAGAGCCAGAAGCUGAAACGCCGAGUCAACUGUUCCCUGCCUACCGAGCUUAUAGUGACUAGCGACACUGUGACAAACUGGUGAUUUGAAGGAGGAGUGAGUUGCGACUCUGCGAGUUGUUAGUCGGCUGUGGGUGUUCAGUAGCUUCUGCAACGCAGGUGAGGUUUGCGUAGAAACGACGGAGGGUGGUUUUUGAUAUAAAAAUUUGAAAUUUUUGGGUGUUCAGGUGAACACCUUUGAACAACAUCAGGUCCGCCCCUGUUUAGUGUGCAUAGAUUUCAGUAUUUCACAAAUGGACAAAUAAAAAAGAACACAAUAAUUGGUCAACAUAAACAGCAAGACAGUCCAUUGUUCUAGUUUUUCAUUAAGGUAACUACCUAAUUGAAUGGUUUAGUUGGAUAUUGGUCGUUGGUUCGUGUUUAAUCAUGGACUUGAACAUUUUGGCGCCAGAUUUACACAAAAAUUGAAUGUUUAAGCAUGGACUAAAACAUUUUGGCAAUCGAAAUACCGCACAAGCUACCGCCACGUCACCAAUACUGUGUGAAGCGCCAGAUCACUCCAAGCGGAUAAGGUGAAGAAUAUUUCAGAUAAUACAUGUGUAACACACACGCAUGUUCCGGUACGAAUCUGUUACAUAUAAUUCCAAUCAGUCAGUUAUCUCAAAUCAUCUCUUCAAUCACCUUUACACGUGUUAACACACUAUUAGAUUAGUCUAAUUAUUCUGUAAGGCAUGUGUGACACGUGUCCUUACCACAAUAGAAUAACAUCUUUUUACUUUGGCACCAAGUAUUGUUUUUUAGUAUAAAUAUCACCUUCCUACAUGUGGAAGGAGAUCCGAAAUAUAAUUCUCUUGUUACUCUGCUGAAGUUGAUACCCUAUUUUACUUGGUAUUCUCACUGGUUUUCUCCCUUACUCUCAGAUUCUGGCUACUCUCGGGGUCGGCAAUCCAUCAUGAAUAAUUCCCAAAAUUAAGAAUAAUGGGAUUUGUUAUUGCAACCUUCGUUGGUGGCUAAAAAUUCGAACCAUGAUCCUUGCAUCUUUUUUUUUUAAUUUGCUAAACAUGGGUGAUUUAAAUUUUGGUGGUAGGUUAGCGAUUUUUUGGAUUGCCUUCCGUAUGUGACUCAAUCUUUUUAAUCAUAGGAUUUAGUCAUUAAAUUAUUUCUAUAAAUAAUAUACUUGCCGACCACUUCAAUUUCUCAAAUGACUAUAUUAUCCUUCUUACUAACCGUUCCAUUGAUAGUUGAUAGUUUUAUUGUUAUUCCAUGCAUGUCUUCCACAGUCUCCUACCAUACAUCUCAUGCGGAUGCAUUUUAUUUUGCACAAACAGACGCCCGAGAUUAGUUUGUAGUUUGCAUGGGGGGACUAGUUUUAGUGCACUAUUGCACCUAGAUGAUUUUCGUCAUCCACUUUUGCUCAUCCACGGUACACUUUUACCCAUAAGUUCACUUUUGUAAAGAAGAUUUUUUUUUUAUUUAUGGGAAAACUGUCAAAUAGGUCCUCAAACUUUCAUAAAAAGGUCAAUUAAGUCCUUCUAUAGGAGGUUCUGCCCGGCCAUCGCGAUUUGGGGCAGUUCCCGGUGGGUUUUUUUGAUGAAAUUUUUUAGCAUCUUAUUCACCAAGUCUAGUUUACUCAUACCAAAUUUCAGCUAAAAAUUCAAUCGGGAACACAUUCAAAUUAAUUCUUGAAGAUAACUGCGCAUUUUUGCGUUCUCGAAUUAAUUUGAAUGCGCUCCCGAUUAAAUUUUUAGCUGAAAUUUUGUAUGAGUAAACUAGACUUGGUGAAUAAGAUGCUCAAAAAAAUUCAUCAAAAAAUUCCACCGAGAACCGCCCCAAAUCGCGACGACUGGACAGUCUCCUACAGAAGGACUUAAUUGACUUUUUUAUGAAAGUUCGAAGACCUAUUUGACAGUUUUCCCUUUAUUUAUUUACAAAAAUGUCACCGCAUUUUAAUCUAUUUUAAUGCAUUUCUAACAUAUUUAGAGUCACUUGAUCUUAGAUUCGAUGCACCGGAUUUAUUCUUACUUUUCAUGGGAAGAAGACUUUUUAUCUAAGAUCUAAUGGCUACACAUCUAGGGUGAAGUUCAAAUAGGAAGAAGUCUUUAGGUGAGGAAUACACAUGAAUCUCAAUCAUUGGGUUCGACUGCGUUGCAGUAAAAAUAAAUACAUUUUGCACUGAAAUAUGCAACCUAGCACGGUGGCAUUUAGUAAAUACUUGUGAAAAAUCGUAUUACAUUUGUCUAGUGCAACAUGAACCUGUUUUGAUGCAACAUCGUCAAAUUUUAGUACAAUAUGAAACAGUUUUAAUGCAACAUUGCAAAAAUUAAAUUUUACUGCACCAUUAAGCUAUUUUUAGUGCAAAAUUGGAAAUCUAAUAGCUGAAAUUCAUUAUCUUUUCUCACAUUAGAUACAUUUCUCACUUGAACCAAAAACUAUAUAUGUAAGUCUGUCGACUUCUCAUAUUGAAAAUCAACCUUGAACAAACUUCCUCCUUUUUCAUCUCUUCAUCAUCCUCUUUAAGGCCCUGUUUGGUUGAAGGAUUUCGGAGGGGAGGGAGGGAAGUGAGUGAUUUGUGUGUGUUUGGUUGAAGGAAAUAGGAGGGAAGGGGAGGAAAGUGGAAGACUUCCAAAAUCUCCCACUUCCUCUCAUUCUAAACCCCCCAAAAUCGGGGUAUUUUGGAGGAAACAUGUUGAACCACAAACUAUAUGUCUCCUACGUGAAUGAACAAUUCGUUAUACUCCCUCCGUUCUUUUUUAUUAGUCCUCUUAGGGUUUGACACGGGUUUUAAUAAUAAAGUAGUAGGGUAAAUAUAGAGUGUGUAGGGUAAAUGAUAAAGUAGGAAAGAUGGUAUAUUAAAAAGAGUAAAGUGAUGAUAAAGUAGGAAAGAGAGUAUAUUAAGAAGAGUAAAGUGAUGGUAAAGUAGGAAAGAGAAAGUAGUUUGUAAAAAGUAAGUGGGGUAAAAGUAAUAAAAGUGGGGGUAUUUUCUCAAAAACUUUCCUUAAAGGGAAAGGAGGACAAAUAAAAAAAACGUCCCAAAAAUGAAAGAAGGACUAAUAAAAAAGAACGGAGUUAUGGCGGCGGAAUCCAACAACUCAUUGGAAAGUCAAGAAUAAUGAUAAAGUAGGAAAGAGAGUAUAUUAAGAAGAGUAAAGUGAUGGUAAAGUAGGAAAGAGAAAGUAUUUUGUAAAAAGUAAGUGGGGUAAAAGUAAUAAAAGUGAGGGUAUUUUCUCAAAAACUUUCCUUAAAGGGAAAGGAGGACAAAUAAAAAAACGUCCCAAAAAGGAAAGAAGGACUAAUAAAAAAGAACGGAGGGAGUAAUAUAAAAAAGGUAUAAAAAAUUAAAUUUAAAAAAUUAAAAAAUUAAAAAAUUAAAAAAAUAAGAAAUUAAAAAAAUUAAAAAAUUAAAAAAAAAUAAUAUUAAUAAAAAUUAAAAUAUUAAAACUUUUAAACAUUUAUGAAUCAAAAUCAAAAAAUCAAAAAAAUAAAAAUAAACAAUUAUAAAAUUAAAAAAGUAAAAAAAAAAAAUUAUGACUCAUGAUCUUAGGAGUAAAUAUUCACAAUAGUUAAAGAUGAAUCUAAUUUUUUAAAUAUGCUAUCAAAUAAAGAUAAAUUAAGAAAAUAUUUUCAUUAAACGUUUCCUCCUAUUUCCUCCAACCAAACACAAUUUUUUUUUAAAUCCUUCCUUCCCCUUCCCUUUCCUUCCUUCCUUGCUUGACUCUCCCCUUCCAAUAUCCAGAGCUAGGCCUGGACUCGGGCCGGGUGGCCCGACCCGGAACUAGCCCGGCCCAGUGGCCCGGUCAGUGACCGGUUCGGGUAGGCCCAACCCGCUGGAGUUCCGGUCCGGCUCGGGCCCCUCAAAACGUGAACCGGCCCGGCCGGUUCGGGCCCGGUCCGGGCCAUUUUAUAUAUUUUUUCUUUCUGUUUUUUUUUUUUUGAAUUUUUUUUUAAGUUUUUGGGUUGGGCUGGGUAUUUUGGGUCAUUUGAGAUGGUUUGGGGGUGAGGGGGGUAGGGGUUAAUUAGGAAAAGGCAAAAAAAAAAAAAUUGAACCGAGGCCCGGCCCGGCCCGACCCGGACCCGGGGGUUACCCAGACCGGUUCCGGGCCUCCCCUUUCCUGAACCGAGACCCGGCCGGGCCCAGGCCCGAACCGGCCCGAGUCCACCUGAAUAUCCAGAGCUACUUGAAUACAGAUGUACUUCCUGCACCCCACCCGUAUGUGUGAUCGUCCACCUGGAUAAGAGAUCAUGUGAUCUACUCAUGGCAAAGGGUGAACUUGAACUCAAACUCCACAUAUUCGAUAGUGCAUUUAUUAGGAGAUCUUCUUCUAGUCGACACAAAACGGUCAAAUUCUAAUAAAAGAAACAUGGCCCAUCCCGCAAGGUAGUACCACAUGAUAAAACUGGAAUAGAUAACAUUGUGACCUCAUCGUGCCGCCUUCAUGACCGCCAUCACCUAUGUCUUCUCUUCACCGCCGGUGUCCUCCUGCGAUUUAAUAGGAAGAAGAAGCGUCCUCCUCUGAUUUGCUACGAGAGAGUAAGAAAGCCCUCACCAUCGCCAAUCAAACCUCCACUCCCGGCUUGGCAUCCUCAAAUUGAUACAAAGAAAAAUCCACGGAAGAAGCCAUUGAAAUUGUACUGUACUGGGAAGCAAACACUAAUAUUUAAGAGAAAAAGAAUAGUCAAC